UCUUUUCCGAGCGCUGAGAGCCGGGCCGGGCGGGCGCGCGCGCGCGCGGACUGUGCAGGCAGGGCGCGCGCGGACGCGGGCAGCUCGAGGGGUCCCGCGGGGCGGCUGGGGCAGCUGGACCGGACGGCUGACGAGCGGGCGCCGCGAUGGCAGAGGGCAGCGCCGUGUCCGAUCCUCAGCAUGCCGCGCGUCUGCUGCGAGCGCUCAGCUCUUUCCGCGAGGAGUCUCGCUUCUGCGACGCGCACCUGGUCCUCGACGGGGAGGAGAUCCCGGUGCAGAAGAACAUCCUGGCGGCGGCCAGCCCGUACAUCAGGACAAAGUUAAACUAUAACCCUCCAAAAGAUGAUGGAUCAACCUAUAAGAUUGAACUUGAAGGGAUAUCGGUAAUGGUUAUGAGAGAGAUCCUGGAUUACAUCUUCAGUGGGCAGAUCCGGCUGAGCGAAGACACAAUCCAAGAUGUUGUGCAGGCAGCGGACCUGCUCCUGCUGACGGAUCUGAAAACUCUGUGCUGUGAGUUUUUAGAAGGCUGCAUUGCCGCAGAGAACUGCAUCGGUAUCCGCGACUUUGCCCUUCAUUACUGCCUGCACCACGUCCAUUACCUGGCCACCGAGUACCUGGAGACUCAUUUCCGAGACGUCAGUAGCACAGAAGAGUUCCUAGAACUCAGUCCACAGAAGCUUAAAGAAGUGGUUUCUCUGGAGAAGUUAAAUGUUGGCAAUGAAAGAUACGUGUUUGAAGCAGUGAUCCGAUGGAUAGCACACGACACGGAGCUAAGAAAGGUCCACAUGAAGGAUGUGAUGUCAGCGCUCUGGGUUUCAGGGUUAGACUCCAGCUACUUACGGGAACAGAUGCUGAACGAACCGUUGGUGCGAGAAAUCGUCAAGGAGUGCAGCAACAUACCGCUGAGUCAGCCGCAGCAGGGGGAGGCCAUGCUGGCGAACUUCAAGCCGCGGGGUUACUCCGAGUGCAUUGUGACUGUGGGUGGAGAAGAGAGAGUUUCCCGGAAACCAACAGCAGCGAUGCGAUGUAUGUGCCCUCUUUAUGACCCUAAUAGGCAGCUUUGGAUUGAACUGGCCCCUUUAAGCAUGCCAAGAAUUAACCACGGAGUUCUCUCAGCAGAGGGAUUCUUGUUUGUAUUUGGGGGCCAAGAUGAAAAUAAGCAGACCCUGAGCUCAGGAGAAAAAUACGACCCAGAUGCAAAUACGUGGACUGCAUUGCCUCCAAUGAAUGAGCCGCGGCAUAAUUUUGGAAUUGUGGAGAUAGAUGGAAUGCUGUACAUUUUAGGAGGAGAAGACGGUGAGAAAGAGCUGAUCUCCAUGGAGCGCUACGACAUUUAUUCUAAAACCUGGACAAAGCAACCUGACCUGACCAUGGUUAGAAAGAUUGGCUGCUAUGCAGCUAUGAAAAAGAAAAUCUAUGCCAUGGGCGGAGGAUCAUAUGGAAAACUCUUCGAAUCUGUGGAAUGUUACGACCCAAGGACCCAGCAGUGGACUGCUAUUUGUCCGCUAAAAGAGAGAAGAUUUGGAGCUGUGGCCUGUGGAGUUGCCAUGGAACUGUAUGUUUUUGGGGGAGUCAGAAGUCGUGAAGACAUCCAGGGCAGUGAGAUGGUCACUUGCAAGUCUGAAUUCUACCACGAUGAGUUUAAAAGGUGGAUCUACCUUAACGACCAGAAUUUAUGCAUCCCCGCCAGUUCUUCUUUUGUUUAUGGAGCUGUCCCCAUAGGAGCCAGCAUUUAUGUUAUCGGAGAUCUCGAUACAGGUACCAAUUACGACUACGUGCGUGAGUUUAAAAGAAGCACAGGGACGUGGCACCAUACCAAACCGCUCCUCCCGUCCGACCUCCGCCGCACCGGCUGUGCAGCCUUACGUAUUGCAAAUUGCAAGCUUUUCCGCCUGCAGCUCCAGCAAGGCCUAUUCCGUAUCCGUGUUCAUUCACCCUGAAGAGGCGGCAGAGCGGAGGCAGAGCUCCUGACCCAGCGCACCAUAACAUGGCUUUCUGCGAGGGGACCAGAGGUGGCAGCGUAUCUCCGGUGGUUUUACUGUAACGCUUAGAAGCCUGCGCUUCAGCUCCUCUCGGGGAGAACCCGUAACUGUCGAAAAAGCUCCCUUGGAGGAAUCUGUUCCUCCAGGUAGAUGUGUCUGCAGACAAACGGAGUAACUAUCCGGUAGAGGCAAAGGGAAGUGGGAAUCGGGGUCAUGUAAAAUAUCGAAGUUAGCGUACUAAGGUGCAUUCUCCCGGAAGGGGACUCCUUUCCGAGCGACUGCUGUGUUCCAGUACCUGGCUUUGGGAAACAACAGAAAUCCGUAUAUGCAAAUCAACAUAUCCAAACACACUGAGACUGCGUUCCUGCUGCACUUGGAAGGAAAUAUCAUGCCUAACCCUGCCCGACAGAUUCAGGUUUGUGCCUAAGAUGUUAGAUUGGGCCAGGUAGUCUCCACUUACUACUAGUACUGUGUCCUAUGAAUCUUUUUUAAACUAUAUUAUCAUGAAUUGAAACUAAGAUAAAAUUUCUCUCUCAUGACGUUCUAUCUUAGUAAUCUAAAGGCUCGAUAAAUUAAUGAGUCAGGUUGCAGCCCUCGUGCGAGUUUAAAGGCAGUUGCCAGCUUCUGUGUUGACUUAGAUAGCGUCAUGCCAUAAUUUCUGGGGUAGUUCUCUCGGAGCUGUGAAGGGUCUCGUGCCGUGCCGUUCGUUCUUCCUGUUCAAUUAACCAGAACCAUUUUGUAAACACGAGGAGAUUAGCAGAGUAAGGGAUGUUACAGAGAAAGACCCGAGUCAGACAAGUGACCAAGGUCUGCUGUGGCUACAAAAGCUGUCCAGACAAAAUAUAUAGGGAUCAAAAAAACUUUAAUCUGUCUGAAAGCACACAGAGUCUCGUUUACUACUGUUUCGGAUUGAAAACCUGUCUUAGAGCGCGAACCUGCAUUAAGAAUCUAGUCUUUGCAGCAGAGUUUUCUCGAUGCCGUUCACUAGCAAGAGUUUUAGAAAAAUUACGUUAUAAGUAAAGUUUGGCUGGUAGAAUAAAACUACCUCAACUGAAUUUCAUUCUGUUCAUAGUAGAGCGAAUUCAUCUCUUCUCUGCUUCUCCACUCUCCCACCUUCCCUUGUCUCCCCAUGCCGCCGCACUUCCCACCGCGGGGAGAAAAUCUGUCAUUAGUAACACUUACCUUGUAAGAUACUUUGUUUUCCAUUCAAAUUAUGCCACCUUAGUGUGAGAUCAGGGACUUCCAAGUGCUUGAUCACGUCAUAAUUUGAAUUUUAUGUAAUAGCAGGUUUCUAAUCGAUUUAAUACAGAACUCUUCAAUUUUAUUGUUUUCUACAGUUUCCACCGCCCUCAGUAAAUGGCUGUAAGAAGCAGUAUUUUGUCUUAAUGAUUAAUAAAUGUGUAAAUGUAUCCUUUGCUUAUACAUUUGAGAAUAGGAGUUUCUUCUAGAAACUUCCUAGAUGGAAUGCUUAUACGCUGUUAACAUGCAUAGGAAACCUCGCUUGUGUUUCCCCAACCGUGAACAGAAAAAAGGGUAACCUCCUAUCUGCAGUUUUUUUUUUUCUUACACCUGUUAGGAGUCAGUACGAUGCUGUAAACGUUGCUGAAGGAAGACUUGUCGGGGUGGGGUGGGGGGGUUCUAAAGAAUGUUGUGUGUGGAGAAGUUACUGCUGAAAGAAGGCGUGAGGUGUCCAACUUCUGUAUCAGAGGCCCCGGGCCAGAUUUGCCACACAUUCACGUAACACAGUCAAAUUCGAUACGUAAAGCAAAGCCGGCCUUUUUCCUCUGAAUUGUGUACCAGUCAGCUGUCGUCCGCACGCCGUCCCAGUGAUACCUGGGAUAUCUUCUCAUCAAAGCAAGCUACGCGGCCACUGCAAAGAAAGCAGACUUCCUUUUUUUACAGCUAGAUACUCGUUUUUUAGAGGAAACAAAUUGCUGAAGAAGUGAAUUUUCUUUGGUAAAAUCUCCUGAACAGAACAGAACCUUGGCCUUCAGAAGUUGCAUCUGACAUACAUUAAAGCAGUAACUGAUGUCCUGUGAAAGCCAAGGCAGGCUUUCUCUUAAUUCUUAAUUCUCUUAAUAAGCCAUUCUCUUAAUUUCUGAAGUUUAUAAUUCUUCCCAGUGCACACCAGGCCUCUCCAAGGAGACAAUUCAUCGUUUAGGAGUGAAUGGGUUAUUGCAAUAUUAUUGCAAUAUUAUCAGUGCCUGCAUGACUUAGUCAAUUCAUUUUAUAAAAACAGUUCUUUUUUAGUUUUUUAUUCAGUUCAUUGACACGGUAGCUGCAGAAAUUAGAUAAUGUUUUUUAAAAUAAAUUUGCCACAUAAUACGGGAUGCAAUAACCAACAAGAACUGCUAAGUGCCAAACUGUUAUUUUCCUAUAUAUAAAUAUAAAAAUAUUCUGCUGAAGGGUAGGAAUAUAUUUAAUUUUAUUAGGCUCCAAAAUUAAUCGUGACUUUUUUGUAAAUGACAGUUACUUCAGUAUUGUGAAAUAAAUUUUAAGUCAUUUCAUGCGGGUUUGUUUUAACAUUCCACUUAAGCCUUGAAACAUCUUUUUCUCGAUAAAUUUUUAAUGCUUCUUUUUCCGUAAGGCACUUUUACCAGGCAUAGGUUGGAAUAGGCAGUUGAGGAUAGAUGUUAAAAUUUUAAAUAAAUAUCAUUGGGGGAAGUGCAAUUUAUUUUCAUUAUCCCGCCAACAGAAGGAAACUUGUUUCGGGGUUAGAGUCGGUGAAUAUUUAAGGGAUCUCUCGUAGGCUAUAGUCUAAAGUAGGCUUGUUUGUUUGUUUGUUUAACACAUCCAAAUAUAGAUUUUUCAAAGAUAUAAGUGUUUAAUUUAAAAUGAAGUGCUGUUUUGGGGGUUUGUUUUUUGUUUUUCAUUUUGUGUGUGUGUGUGAGUGUGUGUUAGUGCUUCUAUCCUGUGAGAGGGAAAAGUGUGAGGGACAGAGUGUGUGUGUGUGUGUGUGUGUGUGUGUGUGUGUUAUGUGACUCGGUAAGUCUGUUUACACAUGUUUACUUUUGAAAUUGUAGUUCCAAACUACAUACAUUACUGUCUCCUGGUGCUUCCGAUAAAUCCUUGAGCCUGUGGCCCUUCAGUUUAUACUACUAUGUUCAACUCACGUUGGGUGUAAAUAUUCAUAGAGUCGUAGUCUGUAUAGUAAGUUUUACCUGGUGUUCGCAUUCCUUCAGUGGGACUAAAACAGUGCUUACCAACUAGUAUAGUCGAUAUAGCUAUAAAGAUUUGGCCUUGGAAAUCUUUGAACUCAUUGUUCCUUUCAUUUGUUCUUUAUUUCAUUGCUUUGAGGAGUUGAUAGGUAACAGUAGGCUGUUUUCAAACCGAAGCAACCAGAAAAGAAUAUUUGGGCGAUGACAGAUGGUGUAUUCCCUGUGCUAAAGUGUCCUGUUAUAUUGUACUACCGCUUUCAUGAUGCUUUGGGGUGCCAUUUUUAUAAUUCGUGGGUGGGAGGGGGUUCCCUGCAAUAUGCAGGAAGCACAUCCUUACAUUGACCUGGUAGAGAUAGGGCUGUCUUUGCUGUGUCACCUCAGUUACUCAUGGUAGUAAGAUAGGUUUUUAGAGAAAUUCGUCAGCUGCCUUGGUCCGUUGGGGUUCCAUUUGGUACGUUCCUCCUCCCGUGUACCAGACCAAAAAGUUUCCCAAGGAGUGCUAAAAAUGCUACAGCAUUACCUUCUUGUUGGCCUUUCUGAUUCUAGAGGAUGCCUCCUGUGGUCAGAUAGAGACAUUUGAAUAUCUGGGGAAAGAAUGAGGUGGCACUUUGCAUGGAUUUAUUUAUUUAUUCUUUAAUGUUUGGGUUUUGGUUUUGGUUUUAGGUUUUUGUUUGUUUUUUGAGAGAGCUUGAGCAGGGGAAGGGGACAGAGAACCAGAAGCAGACUCUGCAAUGACAGCAGAGAGCCCGACGCGGGGCUUGAACUCACGAGCCCUGAGAUAAUGACCCGAGCCGAGGUCAGACACUCAGCCAACUGAGCCACCCAGGCACCCCUGCGUGGAUUUAAAAGGUGCUGGGACCCCCUUAAAAAGCACCUGAGGGAAGGGAAGCCUGAGCUUGCUCUCGUUCCGUGGCUGCCCCUCACGUCUGUGAGAGCCUUGGGGGAGCCAGGAAGGGAGGAGACGGAUUUGGACAGAAAAGCUGCCCUGGGUUUAAUCAGCAAAUGCUUAUGGAGGACCCCCUAGGGAUUUUGCUUGGAUUUCUGGGGGGCUGUCAUGCUGCUCUCCCUCUAGACCGUAAACUCCUCGUGGGCAGUGACCCUGUCUUGGCCGUCUGCUAACCCCAGUGCCUGGCACACGGCAGGUAGUCAGGAAAUGGUUGGCCAGUGAGUACAGUACCCUUGUGAUCAAAGUGAUGUUCUUUGUGGGAUUGAGAAGCCCUCUCCAAGAGCGAUUUAUUUUGUUGGAUUUUAAAUGAGAGGCUUUGUAUGCACAUGUGCUGGCCUCAUAUUCUAGAGUGAGAAACUAGUACGGAUAAAAAAUACAAAGUGCCUGAUGUACAGACGCACACUUCUGUGGUUUCCAUAUGUUCUUUAGGAUUUGGAGGACCCUACUAUACUCAGCACACCUCAUACCACUGAUCACAUUUAGUGUUGGGAUUGAUUGCUUUUUACACGUGCCUCUGGGUGUUUUCCAGAACAUACUGCUGUGAUCCUCACUUCUCCAUGAUGGGUGCAGUGGCCCCACUGGACAGAGAGCAGUCUCUGAGGCCCGGGAGAUAUGGCUUCAUUUCCCACCUCACAUGCAAGUAGAAACCCAAAGCAGAAGCCAGGUCUUUGUAUUAUCAUUUCACCGUUCAGCCUCUGAGACGAUCGCUUAAUUUUCUAGGCGUGCAAGUAUUUUCAGUCCUAAAAUAAUCAUUUGUGGUAUAACGUAAGCCCUCAAACAUGUCCUUUAAAGUUAUACAGACAUAAGGUGAAAGAUCUUUGGUUUUCUUUGUCAGUUAGCCAUAGGAAAUUUAAGAAUUGACUAAAGUUCUAAGAACGGAAGUACUAAGUAUGUUGGACAGAAAAGCAGUUUUUAUUCUUAAAGAGCAGAAACUUCGUUUAUAUUUCUUUUCUUACCAUGUGUACAGUAAGGGAGAAGAGAGUGUGUCUUCAAAGGUAGAAGGAAGUAUUUUGCUAGCUCUCUAAUAACCCCUGAGGUACUCUUUCUAGCCGGUUCAGAAAUGAUGGAGAUGCAUGGUAUAAAGGUGAGUUGUGACUUGCUUACCCACGUUGGAGAAGGACAUGAAAUCAGGUCAAGGCUUUGCUGGCUGCUGGUGGGAAAGUCUCAGUGGCAUUGAACUCUUACGUUUGCUAUUAUUUGUUUGCAAGCCAACUGGUAAAACUUUUAAAACUUUUGCAUGUUUCUCAAGUGAUUCUAUUUUUAAUUUUAAAUACAUCUCGCCUUUACAGUGCAUUUACAUGACAUCUGAGGAGCUCAGUUAAGAUUCUGUGCUCUUCGGUCUAAAUGCAUGCGGUCGAGGAAGGUUUGCUCGUGUUCAGUUCUGUCCCCGAAGUUCUGUCAGUGACUGGGUCUUUAGACUUCUUCCCUUCCUCAUCACAUCAGAUAUCUGAUAAGUUAAACAGCCUGGCUGGCUCACUUGGUGGAACGGGUGACCCUUGGUCUUGGGGUCGUGAGUUCAAGCCCCACGUUGGUUGGGUGUAGCAAUUACACAGGUGUAGCCCAUACAUGCUGCAUAAGAUCACACAGGGAAAGAUCGCCCGUUCCUAUGACCCGUAUAAAUAUGUGGCCACUUUGGAUGAUUCAGAUCCCAAGUAGACACAGGCUCAUCUUUCUGGUCAGCGAAUUAUAUUUAUUAGACCUUUCUUUUUAGCAUUUAAGUAAAAUUCAUAGGUUUUAAAACUUUAUUUUUAUUGUUCCUGCUUAUCAAUUACAAAUAAGGCAUACUUUAGAACCUUGGGUAAAACUUUUUCCAGUUAAACCCAUGAACUUGGUAUGAAUAUGACUAUACGUAGCUCGCUUUAUUGUGUUUCCUGUUUAAUUGGAUGAGAAUUACAUGCACCUAUUCCCUUGUUCUUUGUGUUUAUAGGAAAAACUCUGUUCUCCACUACCUCAUUAUGUGGUGUUGUGCUUGACCCCCUGCCAAUUUAGGAGAAUACAACACAUUCUGUCCUUUAACAAAAGCCUGGAAGCCAGCAGCAGGCGGCCUUGAGGAAUACAAUUCUCUAAGGCUUAUUUUCCAUUUUACUAUUUUUUUUUUAAAUAGGCACUUUUAAUCAGGAGGAACAGUCAUUCUCCUAGAGCUGCUGCAAAGUGAUUACUUGAAACUCAACUUGAACUUUAAAGAGUCUUGAAAAGGCUGUGUUUUCAUAACGUAGAAAAGUAGUAUAUUUAAACACCACUGCUGUGUAAAACAGAGGGCUUACUCUCCAUCCUUGUUAGGAUCAGACCCGGGAAGGUGUCUACCUGCAAUCUGACCCAGCGGUGGGAAUUCAGAUGCUUGGGGCUACUGUUUUUCUUUGUCUUAAGGUGCUACUGUGGUUGGUUUAAGGAGCUAUUAAGUGUAUUUCCAUGAAUUUGUUUCCCAAGAAUCUUUUAAUUUUGAUGACAAUAGAGGCUCAUUAGUAGAUUCCUCUUCUCAUUUCAUUCUGACAGUCUAGAGUUUUAAAAUGAAAUCUGAAAGUGUUUCCAAAGGACAAGGUUGAGGUUGACCAAACAACUUAGAAUUGCAGGAUGCUUAAAAUCACGAGCGAUUGGAUUUUUUUCUGAGCAUCAGUGGAAUGCGCCUUCUCCGCACGGCGCACGGCGGGCUCUGUCCUCGCCAGUGCCUGUCACCUUCCCUGGUCGGUAAGUUAGGGGAGCGAGCCGCCCCAGGCCCAUCGAUUCCUCCAGUCAGACCUUCCUCCUCCCAGAGCAGUUUCUUACAGGAAUUACCCAGCAUCCCUGGUGCCCAAAAGACUUCUGCCCGUUCCUAAAAACCUAGCGUCCCGGGAAUAACGUAGAGACCAGAUAAAAGCUAGCUACAGAACUGCCAUUAUCCUCCGACAUGAUCUGGUUUUUAAGCUUGUGCUUUUGAGGGUGAAAGGCAGAGUUUCUCCCGAGAUGACAGGACGUCAGCACCAGCGGGUCUGGCAGCAGGCGUGAGACAUUUUCCUAAGUGGUUUCCAAGAGAACCGACACUUACCGCGUCAGGGCCCCAGCCUUUUCCUUUCGAUUAUCUUGAGGAAAACCUGUGUAAACACUUUAUGGACUUGCACAAGCAAACCUAGUGGCUGUGAGCGUGCACGGGCCCCGGAGCCAGGCACAGGUGGGUUUGAGGGCUUGCACCGAAGGCUGUUUUGUGACCUCUGGGAGCCCUUUAACCCUGAAGCCCAGUUCCUUACCUGUAGACGUAGGAUGACGUCCUCGGGCUGCUUUGAGGACCAGAGACGUGAGGGCGAUGAGAGCCUGGCGCCACCGUGUGACCGUGGCCGCCGUGGCCACCCAGCCCGGCCUCCGGUCAUCGGUGCCCUCGCCGCGCGGCCUGACCUCGGCACUUGCGCGUUCGGACGUCUGCCACCGUGGGACCUACAAGUAAAUGGAUGUAUGUGUUGAUAAAAUGAUUUACUUCCUGGACCCAGGCCGCUGCUCUCCUUCCGCUGCUGUAAUAUCUAGAUUCAGGAUGGUUCUGUAGAGCUGAAGCAUCCCCUAAUGCCUGUUUAGACCACUUAGAGUUGUUUUAAAUAACCCUCCGUUCCGAAUUUGCGUAAUGAAGCCCUCUAAGAAUACUUUAAAUUCUUUACCAAAGUUGAUUUUUCUUUUUCCCUUAAAAUGCCACAAGUAGUAGACUACACUGGUCAGAUCAACCGGAUAUUUUCUAGAUCUCUGUUUGAGAUCAGCAUACCUAUUCUCUCUUAACGUGGAUGCCAUGUGAAACUAAAACAAAAAAACAAACAGAAUUUGUUACAGGCACGUGCGUGUGUGUGUGCGUGUGUGUGUAGAGCUUCCACCCCUUCGGAUAAAGAAGGGUUAUUUAACAAAGUGAUGCAGAAAGUGAGCUACUUAAUUCCUUUCAUAACAUCGCUUCCUUUCCGGUUCGCACUCUGGGACUGGUGGAUUUAGCAGCAUGUAAGACAUUGUAUAAAGUCAUUCUUGGUAUCUUUGUGAAUCAAACAGGAAGUAGAAACAGGGCUGCAAGGGCUGAGAAAUGGAUCGAACAGCCAUGCCAGACAUUGCCACUGAGAACAGCUUCUGAGGUACCGUGACAGUGUCCAUUUUUACUGUUUUUCUUAGUAAUUUGUAUAAAAGUAUAAAAGGCAGAGAAAAGUGCUGGGAGGGAUGAAGUGUUGGGUGUUAGGAUCUGUAGUGAUGCUACAGUCUAAUAAAUGGCUGAAUAGAAAGUCUUGUAUCUAGGUUCAGAGGAGAUAGUUCCUAAAUGAAAAAGAAAGAAAAAAAAACGUGGCGGGGUGGGGGGUGGAGGGGAAUCACUGACAAUUUGAACACAAGCCAACUGUUUAAAAAAAAGAAGAGUGGCACCUAGGUGGCUCAGUCAGUUAAACAUCUGACUUCAGCUCAGGUCAUGAUCUCACGGUUCAUGAGCUCCAGCCCUGCACAUCGGGCUCUGUGCUGGCAGUGAAGAGCCCACUUCAGAUCCUCUGUCUCCCUCUCUCUGUGCCCCACCCCCAGCUUGCACUCUCUCUCUCUCUCAAAAAAUAAACUUUAAAAAAAAAAAAAAAAAAGAAUAGGGGCACCUGACUGGCUUAGUUGGUAGAGCAUUCGACUCUUGAUCUCAGGGUCGUGAGUUCAAGCCCCGUGUUGGGCAUAGAGCUUACUUUAAAAAAUAAGUAAAUUUUUUAUGGGGUGCCUAGGUGGCUCAGUCAAUUAGGCGUCCCACUUCGGCUCAGGUCAUGGUCUCACAGUUUGUGGGUUCGAGCCCCGUGUCGGGCUCUCUGCUGUUAGCACUGAGCCUGCUUCGGGUCCUCUGUUCCCCCCAUUCUCUGCCCAUCUCCCAUUUGUGCUGUCUCUCUCUCAAAAACAAACAAUAAAAAAAAAUAAUAAUAAUAAAUUUUUUAAAAAACUAAAAAGCAAAAAAGAAUAGUGUUUGUGGGCGGAGUGGGCUGGUAGCUAGAAAAGGACGUCUUCUGCUCCUUCAUCCACGGGCUGCCCCAGAUGGGCCCCUGGGCCGCUGCAUUUAGCUGCCAGUUCUAGGCGCCACCAUCAGAGAGACCUGAGCAAGCCUGGGGCCCCCCAAGGGACGGCAGUGUGGGUGGUAGGCGCUCUGGGAGCUGGAAUCAGGACCUUCGGAGGCCUGAGGCUCUGGCCUGUGAGGAUGUCUUUAGAGCGAGCUGGUGUGCAUGGCUCAGGCCAGCAGUGGACACAGAGACAGAGUGGCCUCGUGGAAAAAUGGGUGGCCUCUGUGGUACUGAGCACUCGUCUCUGAAAGUGCCCCCUAGGAUGAGUCCUUGCGGCUGUGACUGACAGCACGCCAGCAUCGGUGAGAGGGUUCUUACCUGUGGCAGGAUAUUGGGCACCAUCUCCAAAGCUCCUUGCAGGCUGGCAGCUUAGUAAACAGUUGAGUGAGUGAUGUGGGGAAGGGGGAGCUUGUACUUCUGCAUUGAUUUUGAGGACAAAAGUCUUUGUUAUUUUCAACCUGUGCUCCCUCUCCUCCUUUCCCCCCUGCCCACUGCCCAUUUACUGCCUUCUGGCUGCAGCCCCUGGCCAGCAGCCACAGCCUUCUUCAGAGAGCUUUCAGAAAUAGGCCUAGUUCUAGAGAUUUCCCUAAAACCACACUGUCAUCCAGAACAGCGAUUCUUGCUUUUUAUAUACUUUUUGCUCUAAAUCUGUCGUGUACCUGUGCACAUUUAAGAAAGCUGAUGAGUAAAAUUGCAUUCUUUCAAGCAGGGCCCAGGUGACCCCACGGCCCGGGAUACUCUCCAGGGGGCUCGUGUGCUGGGCCACCUCUUGGGGCUCCUUCUAGCUUGAGCAGUCGGCAGCCUUGGGGUGGAUUCUCGUCCUUUGAGAAGAAUUUCCAAAGCAUCCGAUUCUGUGGUUUGCUCUCUCUCUUCUGUGAAGGCACAUGGCAGUCUUAGUCUGGAGGAGACGGAGGCGGCCCCUCACUCUGCGUGUCUCUUCUGCGCCCCCACCCCCUGCCUUGCAAAGAUCUGUCCCAAAACAGAGGAAGGCAGGCGUCAGUGGGGGCUCGCACCCACGUCCUCGUGAGGGAGCCGUCUGUGUGCUCUCGUCACUUGGGUAUAUUUUCUCCCCAUUUCUUGAGUGGUCUUCGCUUACUGAGAAGCGCUGUUUGAACCAGUGUUGGUCCUCCUGCCCAGGACCCGCCGCGGCCGCCCAAGGACCCCGCUGGUGGGGCCUCCGGGGAAACAGGCCCCUCCGCGCCUGUCGCGUCUCCCUGCGCCAGUGUAGAGACUGGGUCAGGGUGGAAGAGGUUAUCUCAUGCUGUUUACGCCCUCUGGUUGCCCCUCCCAUCCCCCCCUCUGCUCCUCAUCCUACGCCUGUCCCAGCCGGAGGUUUUAACUGCUUAAACUAUGUAUCUCAAAAAGGGGAGAAAAAGAAAACACAAACACACAACUCUUCUUGUUCCCCAGACCAUUCGCCUAAAAGUGUUUACUGAAAAGGCAUUCUUCUAAGAGCUCCUGACCCAGCCUUUGUGACUAGCACUUUCCACAGCCAGCUGGCCCUGGCUGCAAGAGAGCCAGACCCGUCCCCCAGGCCCCGGGGAGCUUCCCAGAGUCCAUGCCACCCCCCCUCCUCCCGGGUGAGAGUUUGGGCCGGAGCCUCCCCUCCGAGGCCCGGCCCGCGACACAGCGGAGGCUCCUUAAGCAGCUGUAGGCUAGAACAGUCUCCCUGGGCCCCAGGUCGGCCGGCCCGCCACGCCUGCCCGGAGGCCCUCGGGGCUCCUCCCUGAGCUGGGAGAAGGGGCUCGAGGUGCCACACGUACUCUACCUCAGCACCAGGCCGCGAGGCGCCGUGCGGGCCCCAGGUGGCCCGGCAAGGCGUGCUCAGGCCCCGGGUGGCUCGGAGGCUUGCAGAAGCCAGCCUUGUGCCCCGGCCACACGCAGAGCCCGGGGGCCGGGCCCCGGGCUCUGCACCGUCACUGUAUCCACCAGAGCAGAGCGAGACCGUGGUCUCCUUGUCUCUUGGUGGGCUCGGAACUUAAAACCACCACUCCAAGUUGUGAGCAGAAUCGGAAAUUAGAACCACUCGUUUACGAUCAGAGAGAGACCAUCUUUUCCUAUUUUCUUCAAAAGGGAUUUCUGCUUCCGAAGAAACUCCAGAAAAUAAAUGUGUUAUUAUUAAUCUAGCAUGUGCUCAUUGAACUUGACUCUUAACGCUUUGUAAAAAAACUAGGUAGGAUCUGGUACGGGGGGGGGGGGGGGGCAAAAGGGUGUCAUCAGCUUCAAAACAAACCAAUGUAUGUGGGUUCACAGCGUCUUUUUUUCCUACAUGGGACCUCAGAAUUCAAGUUCUCCUUGAAAACAGCCACAUUCCAGGGGGCAGGUAAUUUUGUGGUGGGAGGUGUGCCAAGCGGCCUUUAGUUGAGAAAAGCACAGAUAUUAGCAACACUUGCUUAGUUAAAUCAUCAGUGGCUUUUUCUACUGAUGGGAUUCUUUUCAUUUUGACCCGCUGGUAGCACAGCUUUUGUUUGGUGCCUCACUCUUGUACCCCUUCGAGUCGCCAGGGACGCAGUGAUACUUUGUUUCGAAUCGUACCAUUUGUGAACUGUGACAACCGUACAAAAGGAGGAGCCGUGGCCGCGGCAGCCUGCCGUGCGGUGACGCCUCCGCAGAACCGGGGUGGUCAGCGGAUUGAACAAAAGCACCUCCCCGCCCCAGCUGUCCCCUCCCGUCCUCAUUAGGAGCUGUCCCACGGAAGCACCGUAGGCAGGCUGGGGCAGAGUCCCUUUUAUCGCUGUUAUGUUCCCAGUAACAGGGAUGCACGUGUCUGUCUGGGAAGGAGGUCCAUCCGUAGCUCGUUAUAAACGCGUAGAUUCGUUCGGUCCCUACCGUUUGAUGCAGCUCUCCUGCUGUGAGCAAACUGUCAAGGGAAUUCCUUAAAACGGGGCUGUAAAUCCCACUGGACUCUCCGAGACUCAGGGCUGAUGUUCACUGUGGGCCCUGGCCCGGCAGGACGCCCCUUUUGGCUGGUUGCCCUUGUGGUUCCAGGCGUAACUACGGGACGGUCGCCCUUGUCGAGAAGUGGGUUUUAGCACACUUUCGAUUUGCCGUUUUGCCGCUUUUCAUACCGUAAGGAGAAUUUCAUAAAUAGCCAACUCAAAAAAACACCGUGUCAGGACUCAUCUGGUUAAAACACAAGCAUUUGUUGAACGAACACGUUUCUAUUUUCUGACACGAUACAGACAGAUUGUUUGAGUGUAAAUCCCGCAGGUUUUGCUAUCUGGGAAGAUUCCAGGUUGAGCAGUCUGCUUAGACGUGUGUUCAGCCGGGGUGGUGGUGUGUGCAGCCAGGGAUCCUGAUCUCGAAACAGACACCUGCUGCUAAGAGGCAAGAGAUUUGCCGUGAAAUACACAGAAGCUACUCGAGGGACCUGGUACGGACCGUUGAAAAGAUCCGAAGGACGGGGAAGCUGCAGCCGAGAGAGUCGUACCGCUCACACUGUGGGACAGUUCGCGGGAGUGUCACGGUCUCAAACACCCUGUGGUCCACGUGCGCUCGUCUGUUCUGUGGGUUUGUUGUGUGGAGUAACUUUCUGUUCCUGUGCUGGCGUGAAAUGUAGCGAAGUUGAAGUAAUUUUGAAUCCGUAACUUUUCUCACAGAGUUGCUUUAUGGUUUACAAGUAACACUGAUGCCAAGGGGGUGUGUCCGCCUUGUCCCAUCCGGCAGCAUGCACUUUGUCGGCCCGCUUCCGUGUGUUGCGGGGUAACCGGGGGUCGAUCCCUCUCCGCGCGCACGGGGUUUGUGCUCUGGGAACACAUUGCCGUCGUGCUGUUCUCUUGUACCGAGGAUCACUGAAAGUGUUUUAUCUUUUUUAUGUAGUUUGUAUUGACUGGAUUUUAUAACUGUAAGAAAACAGAAAACAGAGUGUUGUAUUUUGAUCUGAAAUUUGUCUAUGGUAAAGUAAUUUUGUUUUAUGUAUUGGAAGUUCAUUUAAAACUUGAAAUAUUUUCUAGAAGGGUACCGAACAAAAUGAGUCGUUCAAGCUGUUUAGCCUAAUAAAACAAUUUGAUGGGGAA